ACUAGCAGGUGCCGUGAUCUCCCAGGUCCUUGGCCCAAAUCAUUCACUGGUGGCAAGUCCAGUAUGUUUUCGUGCUGCAAAACCUUUCCUCCACUGGGGGCGUUUGCCCCGGCGGCCCCCAGGAACCACCCUGCUGUUACAACAUUGUGUGGUUGUGGGAAUGAGUCGCAGGACUAGGGAAAGGGCCCCAGCUGUGCCCCCACUAAGAAAAAGUCUCCCCUCCGCUCAGUCAUGGCCAAAUCCGCCCGGCACCAUCGCAAGCGGAAGCGGCGACGCCUGACGCUGAAGGAGCUGCUGAGCCGUUCCUGGCAAAGCACCCACCCCUACCUGGUGGCGUUGCGCCAGAUCAUCUACAACUUGACGCAGUCCAUCUACUUCGACAUCUUCAUCUGCAGCGUGGUCGCCGUUAACACCAUCCUGCUCGUGGUGCAGACGUUUGCCGUGGUCGAAAUCCGAGGAGAGUGGUUCUUCUCUGCCAUGGACCCAAUCUUCCUCUCUGUCUACGUCGUGGAGGCCAUCCUCAAGCUGAUCGCGCUGGACUUUGACUACUUCCAUGACCCCUGGAACGACAUCGAUUUCUUCAUCAUGAUCAUGACGGUGCUGGAUUUCGUGCUUUCGCUCUUCACCUUGGCGAGGAAGGGGAACCGAGGCAACACCCUCACUCUUUUCCGGGUCCUCAAAGUCUUUAAAGGGAUCCGAGCCAUCCGCUCCAUCCGCUUUCUUCUCACGCUCCGAGUGAUGGAGAACCUCCAAGAAGUCACAAGCACUUUCAUGCUUUCCAGCCAGUCCAUUGGAGCUAUUAUUCUCCUCAUGUUUUCUUUCCUGUUCAUGUCUUCGGUGCUGCUGCGUGACAUGUUUCACGAGGCUGACUCCAAGCACUUUGGAGACCUCUUCAAGACCAUUUUCACCCUUUUCCAGCUCUUCACUUUGGACGACUGGUCCCUCAUCUACCUUACCUGUUAUGCAGCAGGAGCUUGGUACAUAAUCUUCUUCCUCAUCAUCUAUAUCCUAGUGGAAUACUUCUUACUUCUCAACCUGGUGAUUGCGGUCCUGGUGGAUAAUUUCCAGAUGGCCUUGCUGAAGCGCCAGGAGCUCAAGAAACGGAAGAAGCUGAUCCAGCCGAAGGACAGCUCUGCAGAAGAGGACACGGCCGCAAAACCAACCGGAAAAAUGGAGGAGGAGGAGGAGUUCUUUAGGCGGAUGGUCAUGGAAAAAUACGCCAGCCUCGAGUUACAGGACAGAGAGUGGCAGCUUCUCUACAGCUAUUUCCAGCUGAUGACGGCCAUUGAAACGAACCAGCAGCAGUUCAGGUCUCAGACGGCCGUCACCGACAAGAUCCUGGAUACUUUCUUUGAGACGGCUGAAGAUGGUUGCAUUCCUAAAUGAGAGACAGCCGGAUAUUUGUGGUGCUCUCACAGGCUGGACUCAGCUUGUUCACAGAGGCUGCUGAAGUUAAAGGGUCAACAGUACUUGAUUAUUAUUUUUGAUUGCCUGCUUAUAUUAAAGAUUAUGUUGUGUUUGUUGAAUAAUGUACCUAUAUCAACAUUUCAGUGUAGCUAGCGUAAGUAUGUUGUGAGCCGCCCCGAGGCGUUGUUGCAAUGGGGGCGGCAUAGAAAUGUUUUAAAUAAAUAAAAUAAAUAAAAUAAGUAAUAUUUGUACUGACAGUU